CAUCAUCGCUGCGCGCCGCGGCGCCUGCAGGAGAACUGGGUCACAGACAAGGGUCGAUCAUCGUGUACAGAGACACCGCAUGGUUUCCCAUCUUCUGAGUAAAGUUCUGCAGGGCGGGUCUACGAGGUCCCUCCAACGCUAAGGUGGCGGCCGCAGAUCCUACAUCUGGGCCAGUGAUUGUUUUCUCGCGCCACCACAGCUCCAAGGAAAAACAAUGCCUUUGGGCAGCCUGCUUGGGAAAGCAUGGAGUUCCAGUCCCCUCAGCCUGCUGAGGCACUGUGCCGUGAGGGCAGCCACUCCUGCACCCCGCCACCUUCACACCUCCUUGUGGAGAGCUGACAGCAGCAGGGCCUCACUUACUCGACUGCGCCGCCAGGCCUAUGCUCGCCUCUACCCUGUGCUACUGGUCAAGCAGGACGGUUCCACCAUCCAUAUCCGAUACCGGGAGCCACGGCGCAUACUAGCGAUGCCCCUAGACCUGGAUGCCCUAUCUCCAGAAGAGCGCCGGGCCCGGUUCCGAAAACGUGAGGCUCAGCUCCUGCAGAAGAAGGAAGAAGAGCCAGAGAUGAUAGACAGUUUUGACACUGAACGAUACAAACGGUUUUGGACCAAGACCAAGAAGUAACUUUGUCAGGGCGUUACAUCAGAGACAUUUUGUAAGGAUGGGAGGCACCUGUCUGUAAAUCAUACCUUCUUGAAACCAUAGCCUCCUGUCACUGUCUUCCGUGUGUAAGUCCCACCCUGAAGUUCAUCAUUUCGGGAAAGUAUGUGCCAGCUCAAAGCCAGGUUGGAGUUAGAAUGGAUUAGUCGCUUUAGGAUCCAUUUUGUCAGACCUGUGGAUUUUUUUGUUUGUGUUUUUGGGUUUUGUUUUUUUAAGACAAAAGUUUCACCCUGAUUGGUCUAUAAUUCCUAUGUAGACCAGGCCUGACACUGCCUCCUGAGUACUGGGAUUAAAGGUAUAUGCCAUCA